AUGUCGCGCCCUCCACCGCCUCGGCGCACAGCAGCCUCUCCGCCUGCGCCUGCUGCCCCCACACCCGCCUCGCCAGUGCCCCAACUCGCCCCCUCCGGCGCACCGAGUAACGCGACGAGGUCCACCGCCAUCCAGACCACCCCCUCGGUCAGCCACGCCUUUCGCCAGAGCCCGCUCGAUGCCAUCCUCGCCGACCAAGGCCUCACUCGCUACCACCUCGAGCCACCCUCCUGGCGCGCACCCUGGAUCCUCGAGCCGCACAAGGACCCCUCGCCGAGCAAGCACCUCGGCCGCGCUGCCGGCCUCCUCAAGGUCCAGUCGAGUGCCGCUACCGCCGCCGCCGUCGCCGCCGCCGCCGACAAGGACGACGUCGACAAGGGCAGGACCCGGCCAUGGCCCGUCUUUUACCCGCCGCGCGACGGCAUGGACGAGGACUCGAUGGCCGAGGUGCUCGUCAAGAGCGGCUACUCGGCAAAGAGCGUCGUCCAGGCAGAAACCUUUUCCGCCCACCAGCACAUCUACGACAAGCUCAAGACGACCGACGUCCUCGGCAACCUGAGCCGUCUCGUCGCCGCCGUCCACGCCAAAGCCGACGAGAGCCUCCCGUCGUACGGCCCGUCGACGUUCCGCCUCCCGUCGCGCAUCACGCUCACCGACCUCAAGCGCGAGGCGUGGUUCGCCGACCUCGCGUCGCCGGCCGUCCCGCUCUCCAAGCUGAGCCGCAGCGUCCCGCACGGCUACAAGGGCGAGAAGGGCCUCGACAUGCUCGCCCACCGCAGGGUCGAGGUCCCCCGCGCCGUGUGGUUCGUGCGCGCGUUCGGCGGCAUCGAGAUUCAAUCUCUCGCCAAGACGCGACCCGUCUCGACCGCCAUCGGCCAGUACACGGCCGAGUUCACGACCGUCGUGAGCGAGUUCGUCCGCAAGCAGCUCGCCGAGGUCGUCCUCCCCUCGUCGGCUUCUUCCGCCGCGCCCGCCUGUGCCCUCACGACGACACCCGGCGCACCACCGUCGCACCCGGGCACGCCGACACCCGUCCCGGUGGCGCUCGCCGCCCUCGGGCGCUCUCGCUCGGGCAGCCUCGGCAGCGCGGCGCAGCAGCAGGCGCAGGCGGUCAAGGCGCAGGCGGCGGCCGAUGCGGCGCGGCAGGGUGGGGCGGGAGGAGCGGCGGCAGGCGCGACGACGGCGAGUGCUGGUGCAGGCGGCGUGAGCGGGGGUGAGCGAGGGCUCGGGCUCUUCGGCGACGAGGACCGCAGGAAAACGUGGGAGGGCAAGUUCGACUACACGGUCCGCCUCGUCGAGUCGCUCUACCAGGAGGCGCUCCUCGACCGCCCCCACUUCCUCUAUUUCCUCGUCUCGCUCCUCGACCCUCCUUCUUCGACGCUUCCACCGCCGAGCACGGCGCCGAGCGAGGCCGGCGCGACGCUCGGGCAGCUGUCCUUCGCCCUCCUGCUCGUCGAGGAGUACUUCGGCGACCUGCUCCAGAGCGAGACGGCGACGGCGAGGCUCGUUCGCGCAGGCCUUCUCAGACUCGAAGAGCUCGAGUCGGCGCCUGCAUCCCCUCUAUCCGCCACCGUCUCGACUACCCUCACCUCCCUCAUCCGCUCCGCCUUCCUCGCCCAUCCCGACUCGUUCGUCUCGCUCCUCCCCUCGCCCAUCUACCCGCUCUCGACCUCGCGCACCAACUCGCCCUCACGAGCGGCACCCGGCACGCCCUCGUCGGGCGCCCGGCUCGAGAAGCUCCUCCUGUCGACCGGGCAGGAGCACUCGAUCGACGACGCCGACGACGGCGCCGUCCUCACCGAGACGGUCGCCGCCGACGUCGCCGAGCUGCGAGCGCGGCGUGCCCUCGCUCAGCCGACCGACGGCGCCGCAUUGUCGUCGUCCUCGGGCUCGGACGAGUCGCUCGAGGUCGACGACCAGGCCCUGUUGGCCGCGAUCGAGCGGCUCGACGAGAUCGAGUUUCCCGCGAGGAUGCGCGACGUGCACCGCGCGCUCUUUGUCGCGCCGGCGGUCCGGCCGCUCGCGCACGUCUGCGGCUCGUCGCCGGCGGGUUCACGAGCGCCGAUGGGCAGCUCGACGAGGAGCCCGGCCCAGGACGGCCAUCCCUCUUUGCCCGCCGACGACGUCAGCAGCUCGACCCCCAGCACGAGCGUCCGCCCUCUCACCCUCGAGCACGCCCUCCCCCUCCUCUUCACCUGGUGCACGACUACGACCCGUCCGCUCCCUGCGCCUCAUCGGCGGUACGCCGUCUCGCGCCUCAUCGCCCUCGAGCUCGAGCGUCUCGACGGCGAGGGCGACGGCGGGCGCAGCCGGCGCCUGACGCGCAGCUCGUCGCACAACCCGGUCCCGAGCGUCGAGGACGCGUUCGUCCGCUGGAUCGACGAGCGCUUCCCGUCGUCGUCCACAGGCGUCGGCGGCGUCGGCGCUGCGGCAGCAGCAGGCGCAGCAGGACCGCCCGCCGCGCCGGUCGAGCGGCGCGACGUGCGCGCACUCGCCGAGGAGCUCCUCCGCGCAGGCGUCCUCAGCUACGGCGCGUACCUGCAGCGCCUCAUCGCGCGCGGCGAGACCGAGCCGGGCCCAGUCGCCGGCCCGAGCGCCGACGCGCCGACCGAGAGCCUGCACCUGUGGAUCCUCCGCACGGCCGCUCUCCCUGCGUCCGGCGUCGGCGCAAGACGGCGUGUCGUGGCGAGCGGCGGCGAGGCGGGCGUCGCGCGAACGCUGCGCGUCGACGAGCUCGAGGGCGUCGUGCGCACCGAGUUGGGCCGCCUCGUCUUUUCCGAGGCGAUGCUGGCGGGCGCAGAGUGUGGGACGCUGCUGCGGGCGGUCAGGGCGCUGCGGGAGGAGGGCGCGCACGGUGCGGUCGCGAGGGAGCUGCUGCCCGAGGGGUUGUCGGCACGACUCGACCAGGUGUCGGGCCGGAUCGGGCUCGAGGUCGAGCAGAUGGCGGUCAUCGUCGCGGUCUACGAGGCGUGCGAGGACUGGUGGGGCCUCGUUCAGCUUCUCGUCGUCAUCCUCAAGCUGUCGCCGCCGCUCCCGGUCGUCCUCCACAUCAUCGACGUCCUCGAGGCGCAGCUCGACGUCGCGACCACGCUCGACAGCCUCGCCGAGGUCGGAACGGCCCUCUUCGCCGCGCACGAGUCGCUCAAGAUGUGCCACACGCCGCCAGAGCGGCGCCUCCUCGCCCUCCUGCGCCGACUCGGCACUGCGGGGUACCUGUCGACGACCGCCAAGGACACGCUCGAGGCCGACAUCCGCAACUUGGCCUCGUCCCUCACGGCGUCGCGAGCGCAGACCCAGGCCCUCCCUUCCCCGCUCACCGAGCUCCAGUCCCUCCUCAUCGACAGCUCGUCCGCCGCCAUCUCUCAGCUCGCGUCGACCCUCUGGUUCCGGUACCACGCCCAUCCGAGCUGGUCGACCAUCGCCCUCGACAGCGUCCUCCGCAUGGCGCCGCAGCUCCCGCCCUCCACGGCGACCUGUCCCUCGCCUGCCGCCGCCCUUCUUCGCGCGCUGCACGACCGCCUCCCGACGGGCCUCGAGCCCGUACUCGCGCGGUGGGUCGGCUCAAUGAGCGCGGCGCAGCUCUGCGCGACGUUCGGCGGCCCGGACGGGCCUGUCCGCGCCGCCCUGCUCAACGAGCUCGUCGUCGAGGGCACGAUCGGCGCCGUCGCGAUGCUCAGGGGCGCCGUACUGCCCCUGCGGCGGGUCCUCCUGGGCCUGCUCACGCCGACAGCAGCAGGCCAGCUUGUCGGCGCUGGCCACGUCAUCGCGCCGACCGACCCGGCGGCGGCGCAGGCGCUGCACAACACGCACACGAUCCUGUCGAGCGUCAUCUUCAGCGCGCCAGAGCCGGCUGCAGCAGGAGCGAGCCCGCCGUCGCCGUCGUCCCCGACCGCGCUCGCGACGCAGCAGCGACUCGCCGCACGCCGAGCGUCCCUCGGUACUCGACCGGCGCUCCCCGCCGUCGCUGCGUCGCUCGCCCUUCUCGUCGUCCAGCAGGACGUCGCGAGCGUGCUCGGCCUGCCCGACCUCGCCGAGUCGACCGGCGCCUUCUUCCUUCGUCUCGGCACUCUCCCCGAGCUGCAGACGCUCGUCGUGCGCGACCCGGCGGCCUUCAAGGACGCCAUGCUCGACAGCGAGACGGUCGGCGCCAUCCCGAGGAUCGAGCUCUUCCGGCCCAAGCUCCUCGCGGGCCUCUUGCUCCUGCUCAAGGACGGCGGCGCAGCUACGCCGGCUAGCCUCGUGUCGACCGAGGACUGGGACCUCUUCCUGUCGGGCCUCACCCUGUGGCGCCUGUCGACGUCCAAGGUCGAGGUCGAGUCGUGCCUCGAGCGCCUCGAGCUCGACGACACCAUCUCGAGCGCCGACAAGGUCGACGCGCUGCACACGCUGUCGACCCACUUCCUCGAGCGCGUGUGCUCGGGCGAGGGCCAGAGCUACCUCGGCGAGCAGGUCGUCAAGUGCUACAAGGGCUCGGCCUCGGACGAGCUCGUCAGCGUCGCCUUUUCCCGCAUCGCCGACGCCAUCACGGCCCUCACCGCGACGUCGCCUUCCCUCGAGACUGUCGGCGUCGCCCGCACCACCUUGCGCUGCGCCUCUCGCCUCCUCGACACGCUGCUCCAGAGCGGCACGGCGACAAGUCGGACCGACUCGAUUGACCGGCUGCUCAAGGCCGUCAAGACCGGCUUCCUCGCCGACUCGAUCGACCACCUCGACCCGAACGAGACGCAGGACUUCACGCUCGACCUGGCGCACCUCGUCGCCGUCGCCCUGAGGUGUACGCGCAAGCCCACCGAAAAAUCGACAGCUGAGCUGUACCGCGACUGCAUCGUUCCCCUCGCUCGACAUGCGGCACACUUUGCGCGCGACCUCGGCCAACUUUGCGAGCUACUGACGCUCCUGUUCGACACGUGCUCGCACCUCCUGUUCGCCCUCCCCGACCUGCAGCCCUCCCUUCGGCCGCCUACCCUCCACAUGCUCCUCUCGCCGUCCACUUCCGUCCCUCGCCUCGCCAUCGAGCUAUUGCCCGACUCGACGUUCGCCCGCCUCACGCGCCUGUUCGGCCAGUACGCCCCGGCGUCGUUGGUCGCCAACCCGUGGGAGCUGCUCGACCACACGGACCCGUCCUCGGUCGCGUCGGCCGCCGUCGUCCGCCGCUCGUCGCAGCAUCCGCCGCCGCAGCUCGUCAACAUCGGGCCGCUCGACCUCGCAGCGUUCCGAGCGCGCGUCGUCGAGACGAUCCCGGCCGUGACGGCCCUCGACGCCGUCAGCACGACGAGCACGGCGUCGUCGGCGCCGCCUGGGCAGUCGGCGCCUGAGCGAGGCGCGCAGACGAGCUUCGACUUCGAGACGCCGUGCACGACGCUGCCCGUCGCGGCGAGGGACCACCGCCGUACGCUCGCCGUUACGCGCCUCCUCGCGCAGCGCAUGGAGCAGAACACGGCGACGGCGGCGGCACACGCUCAAGCGCAGGCCCAGGCGCAAGCGCAGGCCCAGGCGGCGAGCAACAGCGCCGGGAGGAAGCGCGCGGCGACGGGCGCAGACGCGGUCAAGCCGCAGGGUGCGACGCCGGCGCCGCCAGCCUCGGCCGCUGCGGCUGCGGCUGCGUCGACGACGACGAGCGCUCCAGCUGCAGCCGCUGCGCCGGCGUCGGGCCGGGGCGCCAAGCGCAAGACGUCCUCGUCGACGACGGCCGAGGUGGUCGUCCUCGACAGCGACGAGGAGCAGGCGCCGUCCAAGGCCAAGAAGGCCAGGGCAGGAGCGUCGAGCGGGAGCGGUGCGGCGACGGCGGCGGCGAGGAAGACGACGGGCGGCAAGACGGCGAGCAAGACGGUCAAGAGGAAGAGGUGA